AUGACCGUCGUCAGCCUCGUAGCCGCCGUCAUCUUUACGAUCAUCAUGAGUGCCUACGGCAUGGGGGGAAGGUUCAAUGGCCGGUUGUCCACGCCAGCCCGCCUCUGUUGCUUGUUGCUUAAAGUCCCCUUGUUGGUAUUGAUGGCGCUCGUGGUGCUCGCUCGAGCGGAUGUGACCUUCCCCACCUUUUACUCGUCGUGGCUGAUUUGGGUCGUUGUGGGGAUUAUGGGGCUCCCUCUGCUGAUGAGCGUCAUAUCAUGGCCAGCAGCUGGGAUCGGUACAUUUGGGCCCCUCAUGUCGUUGCGUGCUUGA